GAUGCCGCGUGUUCCCUGUUCCCAGUGAUUUCGGGUACUGCUGCCCGAAGAACCAAUCCCCAUUCCCAUCCCAUGCCAUGGGAUCCCAUCCCAUUCCCUGUUCCCACAGUGAUUUUGGGUACUACCGCCCGGAGAACCAAUCCGAGUGUGUGGAGCAGCCGGAGCUGAAGGGCCACGACCUGGAAUUCUGCCUGUACGGCCGCCGGGAGCUGCUCCGCACCAGCGGGUACCGGAAAAUCCCGGGGGACAAAUGUUCCGGAGGGGAGAGCCCGAGCCGGGAGGAGACGGACAUGAAGAAGAAAUGCACCAGUGACCUGCUCAGCCCCGGGCAGCUGCAGGGAUCCUCAGGCAGCUCCGUGCCCGUGGCCCUGGCUGUGGUGGCCGCGCUCGUGGUGGCAGCCGUGGCCGGGGCCAUGCUGGUCAAGAGAUACGUCUGUGGGGGCAGGUGAGGGCA